AUGUACUCUACCGCACACUUAAUUUAUCUACCCGUUUCUGCUAAAUUUGAUAAUUUGGGGGAUUGUAUGCUUACAGUUUAGUGUAAUUGAUAAAGUCAUUUCAUUUUGUGGGCAGUUUGGUAGAAAACAGCGUUUUAAAAGGUGAAUAUUUUUCUGAAAGUUCCUGUAGGUGUUGCGUUGAUUUGUGUGAACCUGGUGGAUGAUGAACCAAGAUGCCUUCGUUCGACCUCCUGAAUCGGGUAGAGCUGUUCAUGCGCUCAGGGAAGUUUCCUCCAAAUUCAUCGAAAAGCUCAAGGAAAGAGACCAAAGCUGCAACUAAACGCUUUAUUUUGAAAGAUGACUGCCUUUUCCGCAGACACCGAGGUCGUCUCCUGCGCGUCGUCAGAAGCGACGAGGAAGUCCGGGACAUCCUGAUCCGUUACCAUGACAACAACAACCACUGUGGUCGGUUUCGGAUGGUGAGGGAAAUAAUGUCCAUGUAUUACUGGGUCGGGGUGACGGACGUGGUGAAGAACUGGAUCAAAGCCUGUUCUGUUUGUCAGAACCAACCCCCUCCAGAACCGCCGGUCCAGGUCUGUCUGGCCUACGGCUGUGACGCCUCCAGCUUCAUUUCCCCUGAACUCAGCUUCCACAGGUUCCCGAAGGAGGCGGAGCGGCGGCAGAUGUGGCUGGUGGUGGCUCAGAGGGAUGAGGGCUCGCUGAGGUCCGGUUCCUGCCUCUGCUCCAGACACUUCGACCCGUCCUGUUUCACUGUGUCGGAGGAGGGUCAGCUGGUCCUGGCUCAGGACGCUGUUCCCACCAUCGUCUCCGUGGUGAUCCAGGAUGACAAGGUUUUAUCACCUGAUGAGCCUCCUCUCCAGGUCCCGGUCCCUUCAGGUGUGGACUUCCUCCACUCCAACACCCUGGAGGAUCUGCUGCCUUCAUCUACAUAUCCCAAAGCCCCGGUGGAACUUCAGGAACACCAGUACUCGCUCCCGGCUCCUGAUCCGGAUCCCAGGAUGAUCCAAGUCCUCAGGGUCCACCAGGAGAGGAAGAUGGUUCAGGAGCCGAGCUUCGUGACCUAUAACCAGAUCGCAAGGUAUCUGAGCCACAGGAUUUUACCUCUACACAGUAAGAGCAGCAGGAGUUCACUGAAGAGGAUGGCCAAGCGCUUUGAAUUAGUCGAUGGAGUGCUGAUGUACACCAAAGUCUCUCCACCUGUCAGAGUACCACGAAGUAGAGAAGAGGUGAACUCAAUCCUGAAGCAGUUCCAUGACAACCAGGGUCACUAUGGUCUGGGAACCUGUCAGAAGGAGAUCUCCAAACACUUCUACUGGAACACCAUGAGCCGAGACCUGGCCCGAUGGAUCAACAGCUGCCACUUCUGCCUCAACAGAACGAAGAGGAGGUGGCUUCGCUGCAGCAUCUCCAGCUGCACCAACUGCUGUGGGCCGGUGGAGAGAGGCCUGGGCCUCACCUUCUAUAAUUUUCCUUUCAAGAAUGCCACGCUGAUGUCUCAGUGGAUAAAAGCCACCGGUCGUCAACACUGGCAUCCUCGCCUCUGGUCGUCAGUGUGUUCGCUUCAUUUUACAGAGGAAUGUUUCGACCACAGCGAGGAGAAGGCGACCCUCCGCCCAGACGCCGUGCCUACGCUCCUGGUUCACAGCGACUCAGCAACCCAGCGUAGUGUGAUGGAGGAGGAAAAUGGUAACCAGGAAAAGGCCUUUUUUGCCAAAUACGACGCUGUGGAGCGGUACCUCUGCAGCCAAACCUAUCCACCUGGACUGACCUAUGUAGAGAAGAACACCUUCAGGAGGUUCUGCAAGAAGUUCACCAUCAGAGAUGAACAGCUCCACCUGGUCAAAGGAGCUCGACUACAUUUGGUGUUGAGGAACCGACAGCAGGUUGAAGACGCUCUGAAAGAGUUCCAUGACGAGCUGAACCAUCUGGGUGUCAGCAAGUGUUUCAGGCUCCUCAACGAGAGGUAUUUCUGGAAAACCAUGAGAGCUGACGUGGUGCAGUGGAUCAACAGCUGCUUAUUAUGCAACAGGAAACAGAGGAAGAAACCAGAACCAGAAGAAUCAGAAACACAACAGGUGGAGCUGAGGUCUCAUCGACUCAUAGACAACCACUCAGACAGCGCGCAGGAUGAUGAAGACGUUGAAGUUUGUGAUGAAGGUUCUGGAGGCGACAGAAAAGGAAUCAAUGAAACACAGACACCAGAGAUGAUUUCAGAUCAAACGACGACCACAAAUCAUGAGUCCCAGAAGCCUGAAACCUCCCCCAACCCCACGUCCACAAUACCCAUCCUCUUCAUCCAUCUGAAGCCCAGAACCCCCCUUGGCCUCCAGAACUGGACUUUAACCACACCGGAUGUCCUGAACAACCAAAACCAGAAGAAUUCUCUACAAGAGACAGAACCGAGCCUCCCUGAAGGCAUCACCAGGCCACAAACCUUCAUCAAACCUUCCUCUGAGGUCACAGAAGAACCUCAAACACAUCAGGAAACGAGUCAACCUCGAACUCAGAAAACCCAAAUGCAGUCCCACACAUCAACACAACGUGGCAGCAGCAGCAGCAGCAGCCAGCGGCCAAUGAAGAGGAAGAGGAACCUGGAGGUAGAGACUCCAGCGAAGAGGAACCCUAGUCAUGGUCUGGAGCCUGUGGUGUCCCCGAGCAACAAACCCUGGCCUGUGUUCACCGUUGCUGGGUCACCGCAGACCGAGACCGCCAAACACCCUCUGGUGGUGAACAGUGCAGUUCCCCAUCCGAGGCCAAGGAGGAUCGAAGCCCGGACCAUCAUCCAGCAGUGCAGCCGGGCUAAAGUCCAGAUCAGACCAGCGGUGGACGGAGCAGAUGCCCGCUGGGCCAAGAUCGAGGAGGGGAUGGUGGUGUUUGUGUGUUUCUUUAACGGAGCCACUGAGGACGUCACUAAUGAGAUGGCCAACACUUUGAUGACCACCAAAUUCUUCCGCCAAGGCACAGCGUCCCCGGUUUCGGUCCUCGACCUCCCCGGCAGCGUCCUGUUGGUCCCCCAGGAGUCCCUGCAGGCCGAGCCGGGGCCCAGGAGGAGGAUGCGAUACGAGGGGGGCUGCGAGCCAUGGUGGGCCGCCCAACUCUUCACUGGCCUGGUGUCGGCCUGCAGGGACCUGAUGAAGGCCUCGCAGAAGUGCACCAGAGCCGGGGUCAAGGUGGAGGAGGGGGUCUACGGCCAAAGGCAAGAGAUGGUCCUGAACUCUGUGGACCCGCUGACCCACCUGCUGGAGUUUUAAGUUAGACCAGGACGAUAAACACGACUACUGGACUCAGCCUGGACUUAGAAAGGUCUUUACAGAAGCUUUUACUACGAAGGCAGCAGCAUUUUCUUCUGUAUUAUCGCACUUUAAGUUUUUAUUGUAUGUCUGAUAGAAGAAAACUGAACCUACAUAUAAAAGGACUUUUUCUUGUAGAAUCAUGUGUGUGUGAAUUUUUAAUAAGAUAAGCAGAAUAAGCAGCUGCCUGUUUCUGUGAAAUACUGAAAAGGAAAUGAAGAAAA